UAAUUUUAUCAGAUAUGAGUCAGCUCAAACGAUUACGGAAAUCAAGCUCGCCAGAACGCUUGAUAAAAAAAUAUAAAGCUACAAGUCGAAUUCCACGUUGCAUGAGCAAAAAGAAUAACAAGAAAUACUAUCAGCAACCUAAGGCUCCAAAUCCAAUUGAAAUAACAUGGUCUUUUAAUAAAAAAGAUGAUAAGACAGAUUACUAUCACCAUGAUGAUGCUUCAUACGCCAAAAUCAGGAUGAUAAUGGAGCGUGUUAAUGAUGAUUGCCUGGCUGAAAUAUUCAUGUAUGUGCCAGCAUAUGAGAGACAACAAAUUGCACUGGUAUGCGAAAAAUGGAAAAGAGCUCUUGAUAAUGCUUGGUUUAAUGUCAAAAAAAUUGAACUAACUCAUUGGGAGUAUGACGAGUAUCCAAAUUUUUUAAAGAAAAAUUAUCCAACAAUAGAUAGACAAUUUAAUUUUUUAAAAUCACUGCUUUAUAAAUGUGGUCGUUAUUUACGAGAAUUAGACUUGUCAGUCUAUCCUAAAUGUAACAUACUGCCAAUUAUUAAUGAGUAUUGUCCAAAUCUCGAAAAACUUGGAAUAAGAAUCGAUAAUAUUGAUGAUAUUGAUGAUGCAAUAUUAAGUAAUGCAUUUACAAAUCUUUCUAAACUAAAAGUAUUAAAAAUUAUAUUUCAUCGUUGUCUUUGUGGUGUGGAUUCAUUGGUACCUACAACUUUAAUUAAUUCAUUGUUAAACGUUGCUGAUACAUUGACUGAUCUCAGUAUGUUAAAUUGGCCUGAAGCCAUGCAGCUUGAGGAGGAGAACGCUCAUUUUCCAGAAGAAAUGACUAGUGUGAUUUCUCAACUAAAAGCCUUAAAAAAAUUUGUAGUUGCUGGCUUAGAAUAUCACAAGAGUUUAUAUGACUAUGUGCAAAAUUCUAAAAAAAUACAAAACUUUUUUGGCAACGCUACUUACAUUCGAGGAAAAAUGGAUAAUAAAAAAGAGCUCUUUAAAAAUAUCGAGGAAUUAGAUAUUAUGUGUUGGCCAAUUAACGAUGAUGGUAUAUAUCAUAUUGCUAACACUAUGAAACAUUUACGGAUACUACAUGCAUCAUGUGACUCUCUAACUGAUGCUGGUAUCGUUGCAUGUACAAAAAUGAAUAAUUUAAAAUGUCUCGAUUUUUUCGGCUCUAAUAACACCACUGACUCUUCAAUUAUAUUGCUUAAAAAUUUUAUAAAAUUAAAUUUACCACACAGCAAUAAAAUUACUGAUGAAUCAGUCAUUAAGGUUCUCGAAAAUUCACCAGAGAUGCAAAUUCUUGUUGUUGUAAACACAAGUAUAACUCAUAAAUUUAUUGAAAAAGCAGAAGAAAUAUCGAGAAAUCGUAAAAGGCAAUUAAAAAUAUGGGUUUCACGUGAUAUGCCUGUCACACAAGUUCAAUAUGAAUAUUUAACUAUUACACAUCACAGAUAUUAAUAUAAUUAUAAAUUCAAUUAUUUUUAACGGUAAAAUUUUUAUAUUUUUAUGUUUGCUUAUCGAAGGUAGCUUUGUUUUGUUUUUUUUUUUUUUCACCUGUAAUUUUUUUGUUUGGUUUUUUUUAAUUUUUUUAUUGUUUCUUUAUUUUCUUUCUAUUUUCUAUGUAUAUAUCGUUAACAAUUAAUUAACGAUUAUCUGUAUAAUUAUUAUGCAAAAAUAAAUGCUUUAAUUAAAAAAAAAA